AUGGCGUACUAUGAGGAUCGCCGAUACGCACCGCGCGACCGCUACAGCCGCCCAGCCACCUACGCUGAUCCGUACGAUGAUCCGAGGGGUCGUUAUGCAAGGAACGAUCGCGAGUACAGCCGUCGAGUCAGCGAUGACUCCAUCGAGGAAGUGCAGCGCGACUACCCCCCAGACUCGGACUAUGUCUACGAGCGCGCUUACACUUCCCGACGGCCCAGGACUUCGCGUCCCGUCCAUGAAAACGUGCGACGGGCGUCCUCCGUCAGCGGUUACGGUCCUCACUACGAUGAUGCUUACUCUCGCUCGUCUCGUCCUCGUCGCUCUAGACAUUAUGAGGACAAACGCUCUCGUCGCUCCAAGUACGAAUCUGAUUCUUCUCCAAGUCGCUCUCCGCCCCGUCACAGCCGUCGCAAGUCUUUCAGCGAGCAGGCCCUUGGCGCACUAGGCCUCGGCGGUGCUGCUGCUUCUGGUAGUCGUGGACGUUCCAAGUCCCGUCAUCGCAACAGGUCCUAUUCUCGAUCGCCGUCUGAUUCACGCAGCCGCAGUCGCCAUCGUGGCAGUGGCCGCGGUGGACGGGAUCGCAGUGAACAGCGUAUCGCGCAGGCUGCUCGUGCUGCGUUGACUGCCGGUGCUAUCGAAGCCUUCAAACAGCGCAAAGAGCCCGGCGAGUGGGCUGGUGCAAAGGGAAAGCGUAUCCUUACUGCUGCUGUCGCUGCCGGUGGCACUGAUGGUCUUGUCGAUAAGGACCCCAACAAGCACGGCACUCGCCAUGUGGUUGAAUCUACCCUUGCUGGUCUUGCUGCUAGUCAUUUCGUUGGCGGCGGAUCACGCUCCCGCUCCCGCGGUCGAAACAGUCAUGGCUCGGGUAGUGGUCUGAAGAACCUCGCUGCGAGUGGCGCCAUUGCUGCUGCUGGAAAAGAAGUCUUUGAUCGAUUCUCUCGAUCUCGGUCUCGUCCUCGUGGCCGGGCUGAUUCCCACAGUGAUGAUGAGCGUGGCUCCCACAAGCGCAGCAAGAGUGUUUCGGAAUACAUCAGCAAGGGAAUGGCCGCACUUGGCCUUGGAGAACAAGAGCGCAGCCGAGGCAGCCGAGACAGAAGAGAAAGAGACACCCAUCGGGACCACAGAGAUAACAGGGAGCGGCGUCAUCGUCGCGACCGGCACGACGACUAUUCCGAUUCAGAUGGUGACAGCGAUUAUUACAGCCGGGACUCGAGACGGGGCAGAGGCUCGAGAGAUGUAGGUCGAUACCGUUCUCUUGACGGAAGAAAUCCCCCUUAUGCACCCCUUAGCGCACCGCGCGGCGAGAAUGAAGCCCGAUCUAACGAUCGCGGCCGACGCUCAAGCUCCGAGAGUGAUUCUGACCUAGGCGACAGUUCUGAUGAGAAGAAGCAACGCAAGAAGUUGAAGAGGGAUAUGCUAUUGACCUCAGGCUUGGCCAGUGUGGCUACCAUCCAUGCUGCCCAUGGUCUGUACGGUAGUAUGGAGAAGCGGAAGAAGCGCAUGCAACAGUUGAAGGAGGGAGAGAUCACACCUGAGGAGGCCCGCAAACGCCGCAUCAAAGCUAACUCUCUGGAUGCUGUUAGCCUUGGACUUGCUGCCCUCGGUAUCAAGGGCGCUUAUGGUGAAUGGAAGGAAGUCAACGAGAAGCGGAAGGAGAAUCAUACUUUCCAGGAUGAGUGUGCCCACCGUCGUGUCAAGCGUGAGAUGCGUCGCACUCGCAGUCAAGGCGGUGGUUCUCACCGAAAGAGCCGCUGGCCUGAUGAGAUUGAGUCUGCCCCAUCGACCAACGACCUGCACGGUCGAACACCUGUUUAUCAUGAUGACAAUCCUUAUGGGGUGACGGAGGCUCCGCAGAUUUCUUAUUAG